CGGGUGCUCACCGGCACGAGUGUUGCGCCUCAGCUUCCGUGGGGUUCCGGCCGGCGCAUCACGUGGUCGGACCCUAUUUCCGGCGCGAGGACCGUUUCAGGCGUCGAGUGGUGAUAACCGUUAAAACCGUCGCCGCCCGGGGAGAGGCGCCAUUGCUACCUGGCUCCCGGGCCCUCCGGAGGCCGGUUUGGCGGGCUCUGGCGCCAGCAAAGGUCUCUCAAGUGGCACUUUUUCUUCCCUUUGAACUUUCUUGUCUUAGGUGUGCGCCUGAAGCAGGAGUUGAAGAUCUACCAGUCCUAGGUGACCAAGCAGUUUCGCAAAUAACCCUCCAGCAAGUUUAAAAAUAAUUAGGCCCAGCUCAGAGAAAGCAGAGUUGCUCUGGUUGCACAAAAAAGAUGUCCAGCUGCUCCAGUGAAGUCGAUGUGGUCAUCUGUGAUGCUAUUCAAAACCUGGAUAAGAAGUUUGAUGUUAUUCAUGGAAAGGUUACAAAAAUCCACCGUUUUUGUAUGAAGUCAUUGUGGCAAAAUCGUAAGCCACUUGGAUAUGCAUAUAAAAAUUAUAAUUACCUGCUUUCUAAAAAGAUCAAAUACCAGAAAAUGAGGAAGAGGGAGCCUUCCUCUCCAUUCUCUUACCCUGAAAGUUAUAGCCCCACUUCGCCAGUACGAAGGCCACAAAAUGAUUCCCAGAGCAACCCUAUGGGAACAUCUUUCCAGUCCAAGGAGUCUCCGGAGCAGGAGCAGGAGCAGGAGCCAGGCCUCAGCCAGAGCCCGAUGGUCCCCUCCGUCUUCUCCGCGCAUUCCUACCAGCAGUACUACACGCCUGAGGACCCCAUGCAGGGCUCCUCCUCCACGCCUUGCUGCCACAAUCCAGCGGCCCACAGCACCUGCGGUCUUUUCUUAGCCACCCAGGCCACUGCAGCCGAACCUGCAACCAUGCUGACCCAGGGUGAACGCAGUCCAGCACGUAACCGUGACAUGAUCGUCUACCCAGCUUUACUGGAAAACAAUAGGCUCAGCCAUGCUGGCUCACCUGUCUACCUCCCGACCGGCUUCGCUCCAAGUUCACCAGUUGGAAGUGACCCGGGUGUCCUCAAACAGAGCUUACUUGAUGACCCUUCAACCUGGUCUGUGGAUGAAGUGAUCCUGUUUCUGAAACACAUAGAUCCUCAGACAUCAGGCCCCCUCACCGACCUCUUCAGGCAACAUGAAAUUGACGGGAAAGCUCUGCUACUGCUCAAGAGUGACAUGAUGAUGAAGUACAUGGGGCUUAAGCUGGGGACAGCCGUGAAGCUGUGCCACUACAUUGAAAGGCUUAAAAAGACAGAUACUUAGACAAUUAAAAAAGUGUGUAGAUUAGACUGGACUUAAUUCUAGGGAGACCAAUGCCAUCUUUUCUCUGCCCUUAGAAGUUUUUGUUGUGUAGAAGGUUCCUCUAAAAUACGGUGUAUCCAAAAUCGCAGAACCCUGGGACAGUCCAGUCUACUUCUUUAGAAGCCAUUUAACAUGUUAGCACUAGCAUAGUCAAACUGGUGGUUUGUUCUUUGUAUCUUUUCAUUAUUUUCAUUGCAUAGUUUACAGAUACACUUCAUGCAGGAAACAGAGAAACACCUUUGAUUUUGGUUAAUGUUUAUAUGUAAAACCAAAACAGCCAAAUCCCAAAGGGGAAAGUAGUCAGGGAGGGAUUGACGGGUUCUUUAAGGAAAUCCAUGAGGAGUUUUCUUUAGAAGAGAAUUUAAAGAUGCAACUGUAGAUAUAUCAUCUCUUUCUCAACUACUUUAUGUCUGUUACUGCAAUGUUCUGUUCGUGUUCUAUCAGUUUCCUGAAAGGGAAUAGCCACAUAAAUCACUUUCCUUUCUGUUAUUAUUUCGCUGUAUGUUUUACCUGUUCCUGUUUAAAGAAAAAAAAAAGCAGCCUUUUAGGAUUUCUUGAAGUGUUCUUACCAGUUUUUUAAAAUUAUAAGGUAGAUAGUCAUUUUAUGCAAGAGAUAUUACACUACAAGGGUGGGUUGGAUGGAGUCUGACUAUAUUCUUUUCAAUUAAUAUGUUUUAUUUUAAAACUUCCUUAUUUUGUCUAAGCUUCAACAUUUAACUAGGCAUUCAUUGUUCACAUCUCUCCACGAAGAUGCCUAUGUCCAAGUGUUUUAAAGAUGUGUUUUAUUAUCUGUUUAUUCCUCAUAUGGGUACUGUUUCAUAUAUAUAUUUUAUUCUGUAUCUGAAGUAUACACACAAGUAAAUCUUUUUUAAUUUAAAAUGGCACUUUACACUUCCACAGAGGUAAAGAUCCACUCUACAUAUAGUGAGUUUUUUUAUUCUGUAAAACAUAUGCACAUCGUUUGACAUCACUGGUACCUCUCAGCUCACACUUCAAGGUUUCCCUACAGGGAAGUUCUGUCUUGUGCAAUGUUUCUAGUUAAUUUCCUUUCUGAGCCAUUUAUCCUACUAAACUUUGGAAAGUACAUCAGUUCUGAUUUGUCAUUUUAAACUUGAUUUUAAAAAUCAGAACUUUCACAUGGA